AAGAAGUACUAUAAAUAAAAUAAAAUAUUACAAGAAUGGUAUACAUACACUUUCCUGCAAACUUUACAGAGGAGGAAUUAAUGCUACAGGCAAAAUACCAAAAAUUAAAGAAAAAGAAAAAAGCCAUACAAGCUCUGAAGGCACCGAAGCCAGAGCCUGAAAAACCCAUAAUACCUAAAAGACCUGCUGAAGCCAGAGAUGCCAGAGAGGUAGCAAAGAAGUUAAUAAAAUCAGGUGUUAUACCAGCUAUUUCCAAACAACAGAAACAACCUGAGCAAGGUUUUAAGCGUCCAAGAGGUCUCGAACGUAAACUGAUUUCAGAUAAAACUGUGAGUGGGUAUCAACCAUUUUCAGCUGUACAAAUGGAGGAUGGGCCAGAUAAUCCUCAAAAUACACCACCUAGAAUCAAAAAUCUAUAUGAUACUUUUGCAAAUGCAAGGGAUAGAGAAGAAAGAGGGCUCACUGAAAAGCAACAACAAGUAAAAACAGAUAAACCCAGGCAGGGUAAUACUAUAUAUGUAGCUGGUUACAAAAUUACUGAAGAAUUUCUAAAGAAACAUUUUACAACUAUGGGAAAUAUUAUUAAUAUAUCAAUGGAAAUUGAAAAGAAUCGAGGUUUUAUAACUUUUGAUAAAGUGGAUGCUGCAGAAAGAGCAAUAUCUGAGAUGGAUGGAAGUAUGGUAUCUGGAAUUCCUCUAAAAGUAUCUUUAGCUAGAAGACAACCUCAAAUUGAGCCCAUAAAUGAUGCAACUUCAUCAGCUGCAUGGGCUACUCUUGCUUCUAGUCAUUCUCAGAAAGGCAACCAUAGAGAUAAAAGAAACUUGGUCUCCUAUGACGAUAUGUUUGACUAAAUGGAUAUGAAAGGAUAUAAUGGUUUUAUAUGAAAAUCGUUCUUGACUAAGAUAUUUAGUCAGUUGAUAACUUCCCUAUGGGAAGAGUUUAUUUUGAAUACUAUUUUGUGUAGUAUAUAUAAUACACUAUAAUAAAGAUAAGUUUUAUUACUA